AUGUGCUACAUGUGUCAGCCGCCGCAGACCUACGGCGUCCUGAAGCGGCGCCACGACUGGAGCCUGAAGCUGCAGCAGUUCUUCGCCAGCGACUAUGGACACCAGUUUGUGCGUCACUCAAACAUGUCCCCCAGAAACAAACUCCAUCUGUCACAGGAUCUGAGAGUUAAGAUCAAAGAUGAAGAGCUCUGCUCCUCCGAAUCUCGAAUCUAUCUGAUCUAG